AUGAGACAUUGGGCGCAGGCAGAAUAUGAUUCAACAGCUUCAGAAUUCCGGUCCAAAAGGCAUGCGCAACUUUGCAGCAGUACUCCACUUCAGAAAUUGUCGACCAACAACCCACGGAUGAUGAGUCGGUCGCCAGUGGAAGACGAAACCCCACCGGUGCGUUUAUCAAGACACAUACCGCAGCGUGAAGGGAUGGACAUGGUGGUAUCUGCGUACAACCUAACAACAUCGCCAACUCCACCCCUUGUGCUCAGCCCAGGAGUGGGUGCCAGCGGAGUGUUGUCACUUCCUCAUUCUGCUGGAGCUUCGUUUUCCAGCCACUUCUCCGAGUCCAUUGUGUCAGAUGACUCGUCGUACGUGACUUCCAUGUACAACGAAGUGCUCGCCGAACAGCUGAGCAGCGAAAGCACGCAAAAGCAACGCAAAAUUGGUGGUGAGGUGUUGGGCUUUAACAACGCAGACUCACUUCGUAGUCUUGUGGCCCCGAACUUGGCGAGCAGUGGCGGGGGUCGUACAAUCUCUGGCUCCGUCAGCCCAACAGAGGAUGAUGGUCCCAAACACUGCGAGUAUUCUGCGAACACAAACUCAACUAGAACGGCUGUCGCCCCAUUGUUCGCUCAUGCACCGACUGGAAGAGCAAUGCUGCUGAAAAAGAUAAAACCCGGCAAGGCUCCGACGCAGCGGGUGAUGUUUACCACUCCCGAGCGUACGCUGGACGCUCCGGAAUUUCCUUCAGAUGUAUCGCAGCUGCUGCAUUGGGGUACCAAUAACAAGCUCAUCAUAGGGCUGAAAAACGGUCUUCACGGAUGGGAUGCCGAAACCGCGAAGGCUUCCCAAAUUGUUUGCCUAGAGGAGCAUGCGACAAUUCGUGCGGUGCAUUGGCUGGAUGGGUGCACCUGUGUCGCGCUUGCGCUUGACGAAGGACCUGUUGCCAUUUAUGAUUGUCACCAAGUGGGUUUUCUUCGUACGUUACAGACGUGUCUCUCCGGCAAAGCGCGGCCAUCGUACAUUGCAGCGAACGGCCCGCUGCUCUCCGUUGGGUUAAAUUCUGGGACCGGUGGGGUGUACGUAUUUGACCUACGAACCAAAAAUGCACUGAUAUCAGUUUACGAGGGCCAUGCUAACGGCGUUGCAUCCUUGAACUAUUGCACCAAAGAACCUUUUUAUUUAGCCGCUGGGUACGCAAAUGGUGCGGUGCGUGUCUGGGAUGCACGACGCGCGAACUGUCCCCGAUAUGUCUUUGACAGUGUCCACAGCGGGCCCGUAACAGCCAUACACUGGGACCCCGACAAGCGUAGCAAGAUGUACACGGGUGGCCAGGAUGGCAUGAUGUGUUAUGUCGACACAAAUGCACCAACCACAAAUGUUCCUUCGGCGCCGAGGACCGAAGAUGAAGGGUUCACAGGUGGUUGCCACUUUAUCACACGGGCAAUAAACACUAUGCACCCCAUAAGCGGAAUUGUGGCUCCACCAGAUGUUGGUGAGCUGGCAACCACCCACCGCGGGAAGGGCCAAAUUCAGCUGCGCCAAAGUAGUAACCUUCACUUAAUUGGAGCUCUUGGUUCGCCCAACACUAGUUCAGACAUUACGUGUCCAACCAUCGCACCUGAUAUGCAAAGAAUAUGUACGGCACAAGACGAGCUGCUAAAGUUUUGGCGCGUAUUUUGGCCGAGUGUGUCACCUCAGCGUGCAGAAUGCUCUACACCCCCGCCAGUCUCGCUCCUUGAAGACGAGUUGCGGUAG